AUGGCCUGGUGUGAACGGUUUUGUCGUGAUCCUGCUGCAGGUAAAACAUUCACGUUGGAACGGAAGUUGGAGGGAUUCGAUCAAGAUGCUCUACUGGCUGAGGCCAUUUGGUAUUUACGCUCAAUGAACUUCAAGGUGGAGUUCGUGACCUCAUGCCGUGUCUUGAACACAUCGCUCAAGGUCUAUUCGCCCCACUGGUACAGUCAUUUCCGGGAAAGUAUAUAUGCCAUGCCGCUGCGGUUUUGCCUAUACCCUCUUUUCACCUACAUGGAAGGGCGCUAUGAGGUUGUGCGCUCAGUGUGGCGGUCAUCACGGACAGUUAAAGAUGCCAAAGCACAGUCUGGGCUUAGCAAAGUCUAUGCACAUGGCCGGAAUGAGGCAAAGCUAGUGGACUUUUGGUCUGCUGCUAUCGCUCAGGCAGUUAGGGACAGGGAGAAUCUCGGUAGGGUUCUCGGACUGGAAUACCUGGAAAGUCUCCAGGCACGUGCGCAGGAGCGUUGGGCACAUGUUGGGCCAUUUUUACAGGCACAUCUUAAGCCAUUAUUAAAGGCACAAAAGUCGGCAGAUAUCUCGACGCCGGGAACUGCCAACACUGCGGGCUCUGGGUAG